UCUUCAUGUCUUACAAAUGACUCUUUUUUAUUCUUUAAUUUUUUCUUUCCGCUCCUAUUUCGGGAACUUUCCCUUUAUUAUAUAUAUUCUUUCUAUUUCUUCUUUUCUUCUCUCUUCUUUCUUUUUACAUGCUCUUCAUACUCCAUCUUCACCAUCAUCUUCCAUGAUCAUCGAUCUUUACCUUUAUUUUUGUUCGUGUACCGGAAUUUGAAGUUUGAGAGUCCUCAAAGGUCGAUCACCGGAGCAUUAGAGAAGAAUGACCUUCGGAAGUUUUGUCCGUGUUAUAUGUUAAAUAUUGUUUGUUUCUUGCUGAAUAAUAUAAUGAUACGGAGUAUAAUUUAUAUGUAGAAUAAUUUAAGUUUUAUUCCUUCUGAGAAAGAUAUUUUGAUAUUUUUCUUUUCAUUUAUUAUAGGAUGUUUCAAUUGCACUUAAAUCUUCUAGAUUAGUCUUUUCUAUCUAAAUUAGUAUAAUCCUCCAACUAUUUGUAUGAUCUAUUUGAACUGAAACCAAUCCCAUUAAAAUAUUCAAUUUUCU